AAGAGAGAAUAAAAAUCCAAUGGGAUUCGGGUCGAUUUUCAAUCGGAAAAAGAAGAAACCACCACUUACUUCAUCAGCAUCUCCAGCCGUUCCGCCCAAUGGGUCACCCUUAUUUCAAUCUCCAAUGCAAUCUCCAACCCAAAUCCAGCUCCAAGAACUCGAAGAAGUCUUCAAGAAGUUCGACGCCAACGGCGACGGCAAGAUCUCGUCGUUGGAGCUGGGUUCCAUCAUGGGUUCCCUCGGCCAAAAACUGUCCGACGAAGAACUCCACAAGAUGAUCAAAGGUCGCCCCGACGGCGAUGGGUUCAUAGGCUUCGAGGAAUUCGUGGAGCUGAAUACCAAGGGGAUUGAUUCCAAUGAGGUUUUGGAGAAUCUGAAAGACGCGUUCUCGGUGUAUGAUCUAGACGGGAACGGUUCGAUUUCGGCGGAUGAACUCCAUAAGGUGCUUCAAAGCCUGGGGGAUGAUUGCUCCAUUGCUGAAUGUAGGCAGAUGAUUAGUGGCGUCGAUAACGAUGGGAAUGGGUUGAUUGAUUUCGAAGAGUUUAAGGUUAUGAUGAUGGCUGGUACAAGGGCAUGGUUAAAGGAGGUUUUGAAUAUUUUUAAGUCGGUUCAGGCUUCACGCGUUGAUUUGAUUUUGGUUGGGCUGUGUGAGGACCAUCAGUUUAUGGUGGUCGGCGUUUGGCCAGUGAGAAUGACCUUGGGUUUUUUAGUGGUCAACUGCGUGAGAGGAAGUGAGUAA